AUGCCGCCACAAAUACUCAGCAACAACAACAGCAGCGGUAACAGCAGCAGCAACACUGCAGCUGCAACAGCAACUGUUGCUGCAGCAACAACAGCGAAUGCUGCACUAAGGAGCAACCACAACAGCACUGCCAAAAUCACAACCACAACAAUAGCAACAACUGCAACAACAAGUGCAACAGCAAUCACACAACGCCUCAACCACAACAACAGCAACAACACAACGCUGCCUACGCUGCAAUGGCCUUGGAAUACAAGUCUCGGCAGCACCUCAACAGCAGUGCCUGCUGCCAGCAAUCACCAACAUCCCUCAGCAACAACAGCAACAGCCACAGCAACAACAAUCAAGAAACGGAGCAGCAAUUGCAGCGAUGCCAGCCUAGCAACAAUUGCUGUGGCGCCCAAAAAGUCACGCGCCGAUUUAAGCAACAGCAACAGCAGCAAUCACAACAACAGCAACAGCAGCAAUCACAACAACAACAGCAGCAGCAGCAGCGAUAAAAGACUGAAAGCCGCCGCCUUGGAGGAGUCACAAACAAAAAUCACUGGCUUCUUCAAGUCACAAAUGAAGGCAACAACACCAACAGCAACAGGAACAGCGGCAGCAAUAGCUGGCAAACUGUCGCCGUCGCCAGCAGCAGCAGCAAUUGCUGCAAUUGCAACGCCCAACACGCUGACAAUGAGCACGCCAGCAACAACAGCCUCGCUAAACAAAUACUUUAAUAUACUUUCGCAGCUCAACGAGCAAAAGCAGCAACAGCACCAGCAGCAGCAGCAGUUACUCUCGCAACAGCAACAACAGCAGUUGCCGCCUAAGCCAACACCGACAGCAACAGUUGCUGCUGCAACAUUGCCUGUGCCAGCGCUGAAGAAAAUCGAACGCAGCAGCAAACAACCCGCGAAAAUUGCUCAAGUUGCGCCCAAUUUACGCAAAACGCCCAGCAGCAACAGCAAUAACAACAGCAACAGCCACGCCCACAACGCCCACAGCACGUUGCAUGCCACAACUGGCAAAUCGCCGGCGAAAAAGCAUGUUGCAAUAGCGCCGCGCACGCCCGAAAUGAAGCAGCAACAACAACAGCAACAGCAUCAGUUGCAGUUGCAUGCCUCAAAAACGCUGCUGGCAGCAGCAGCCUAUCGCAACAGCAGCAACAACAACAUCAGCAAUAACUGUACAACAACAACAACCACAACUGUUGCUGCCAAGCCCUGCCAGAAGUUGCAGUUGGCUGCAACUGCCACGCCCACGCCGCAAGCAACGCCCACGCCGACACCAACGCCGGCAACGAAUCCAACGCUUUAUCAGCUGCCCGUGCAUCAGUUGCCAAAUUUGGUGCAUUUGCCACCGCAACUUGCCGCCGCCGCCAACAUCAUGCAACUGAAUAAUGUUGCCAAGGCAGCAGUUGCUGCCGCCGCCAGCAACAAUGCGGCAGCAGCAGCAGCCUCUGCGCAAGCAGCGCAGGCAGCUGCCGCACAAUAUUUUCUCAACGGCACCGUUUUCAAGUUGCAACAAGUCACAACGGCAACAACAACGACGGCCACAACGGCAACAGCAGCAGCAGCAGCUGCUGGCAGCAAUCCCUUUGGCCUGCUCAGCACCACCAAUGAGUUGCAGGAGUUGUUGCUCAAGCAGCAGCAACAGCAGCUGCAGUCGCAACAGCAACAGUUGCAACUGCAGCAGCAACAACAGGCGGCGGCUGUCAAAGCAGCAGCGGCAACAACACAAGGCGCCACCAAUUUGCAGGAGCUGUUUCAGCAACAGAUUGCUGCCGCCAUAGCAGCACAACAGCAGCAGCAACAGUUGCAGUCGCAGCAGCAACAGUUGCAGCCUGCCUCCGAGCAGCAGCAACAGUUGCAGCUGCAGCAGCAGCAACUAGCACAACUGCUGCUCACACAUCAGCAGCAGCAGCAACAUCAGCAGGUGCAACAACAACAACAACAAUUAAUCACUGCCACACAACCACCGCCGCUAACAGCUGCAAACAGCAGCGGCAACAGCAACACUGCCAACAGCAAUGCCUCGAAUAAUUUAAGCAACAACACUGCCCAACAACAACAACAACAGCUACAGCAACAACAACGUGCCAUUAUCAAAGGACCACCGCCACUUGUAACCAUUUCCUCCUCAUCCUCAGCCUCAUCCGCAGCAGCAGUCGCCUCCUCCUUGUCCUCCGGCUGCUCCUCCUCCGCCCCGCACAGCACAGCAGCAACAAAGACGCGACAAUUGCCGGCGGCUUUGGCCAAGCCCUAUCAAAAGCGCGCCCCACAGCAACAGUUGCACCAACAACAGCAGCAACAAUCGCUGAGCAAAGCGAAAUUUGCUGCAAUGGCCACGCCAACAACGCCGCCACCGUUGGUGCCGACGAGCACAGCAACUGUUGCUGGCAAAGAGUUGCAACAGUUGCGUAAAAGUGCCACGCCCACAACAACGCCCACGCCGCCACUGGUCAGCAUAGCGCCUGCGAAGCUAACGCCAACACUCAGCAUGGCCAAGCAGCAGCAGCUGCAACAGUUGCAACCACAGCAGCAGCUGACAACAGCAACAGUUGCCAAGAUCUCAAGCAGCGCAGAUCUGUUCGAUCUGGUGAAGAACUCAAAUGGGGCCAUCAGCAUUGUUGGCAAGGCAACAGCAACAACAACAGCUGCUGUUGCUGGACAAUUGACACCGUUGCCGUUCAGUUCGCCGAGCAGCAACAGUUGCAACAGCAUUGGCAACAGCAACAAUUGCGCCUCGCCCGCUUUCUCCACACACUCGUCGAGCACAUUGUCCGCCUUUGGCAAGUCGCUCAUCAGCAUCAAGUCGGAACCGAUGGAGGAUUCCAUGACGAUGACAAUGACAAUGGCAACGACGCCGCACUCCAGCACACCCCUCUCCAACAACAGCAACAUCAACAGCAGCAGCAACAUGAAACCAACAACCAGUUUUGCUGGCCAGUUGCCGAUGGCGAGGAGAGCCGCAGGUGAAUCCUUGAAGCAUGAAUUGCUCGCCGAGUGCAAUUCGAAUUGCAGCAGCAGCUACAACAGCAGCAGCAAUUCGGUUAGCAGUGCUGCCGAUCUCUCGCUGGAGGCAUCGACACCGGCAUCGUUAAGCAGCAUCAGCAGCAACAGUUGCAGCAACAGCAACAGCAACAUACGCAUGCCACAGCUAUUAUCCUCAUCAUCGUCAUCGCCGGCGGGGCAUGCCAGUCAACAGGAUAUGCUCAGCGAACUGGUCACCUCGUCGUGCAACUCGAGUGCCACAGAGGAUUGCUCACAGGCAGCCACAUCGCUGCCGCCCAUUGCAAUUGUUGGUGGCACACCAGUAGCAGCAGCAGCAGCAGUUGAUACAGCUUCUUCUGUUUCCACGACUGCUGCUGUUGCUGUUGCCACAACUGUUGGGGCAGCAACAAUUGCCAGCAGUGGCAGCAGCAACUAUGACGAGGAGGAUGACAUGAAAUCGGUGGCAUCCUCAUCAGAGACAGCUGCCACGCACAAGCGUCUAACACCCGAGUCCGGAAUUGGCGGCAGUCUGAGCAACAGCGAAAGCAGCAAUUCAAUUGCAGAUGCCAUUUCCACAAAAUCGAUUUGUCCGCCUGCCUCGGCGAGCAGCAACAGUUGCAAUGCCUCCUCGGACAGCAAUUUGCCGUCACCCGCCUCGCCAACCAGCAGCAGCAACGAUGAUUGCUCUGGCUCCGGUUCCGGUUCGGGUUCCGGCGCCGGUUCGUCGCCACAUCAUUUGAUCUUGUUGAGUGCCACACCCAGUCCGAGUAGCAACAACACCAUUGUGGAUACCACAAUCGAUGUUGCCACACUGCCCAAAUGCGCCAUUUCCCCGAUACUCUCACAGCCGAAGACGAUCCGGUUUCCGGCUGGCGCCGGAGCGGGAGCGAAGGGUGCCAAGCGGCACGACGGCGUCUGCUAUUGGGAUAAGUGCAACAAGAAGCACGAGAGCAACUCGAAGCUGUUGGACCACAUGCAGACGCAUCAUGUGAAUACGCAGACGGGUCCGUUUGCCUGCCUCUGGGUCGGUUGCAAGGUGUACAACAAGGAGUCCUGCUCCCGUCGCUGGCUCGAGCGACACGUCCUCUCCCACGGCGGCUCCAAGCAGUUCAAGUGCAUCGUCGAGGGCUGCGGUCUGCGCUUUGGCUCACAGUUGGCACUGCAGAAGCACGUGAACAAUCACUUCAAUGCCACCGACAAUGCCAAGGAGAGCACCAGCAAACGCACCUCGGAUCCACCGGUGCCCAAACAGUUGCGCAAGAAUGGCAAGAAGCUGCGAUAUCGUCGACAACCCUUCUCAGCUCGCAUGUUUGAUUUCUUCGAUACGGGAAUUAUGGAGGGACUGCAGCAUCGUCUGCGCCAGAUAAGCACGCUGACCAACGGAGCACAGGCGAUAACUUUUCAGGGUCAGUGUGUGAUGCGACGACGCAACAGUCAAGGAGCCAACGAGUGCUUCGUGCGCUGGUCGCCACGUGAGAUCAUCUCUGAUGAGUGGCUGCCGGAGUGCUCGAAUCGGACGCGGCAACACACAAAGGUGUUGCACAUCAAGCACAUGCGACCCGCGGAGAAGACGCGCAUCGACAGCCUGCUGAGCACCGCUUACAGAUUACGCUACGAUGCCCAGCUCUUUGCCGACGACUACAAUGUCAACGAGCAGCAGCAGCAGCAACAGCAGCUGCUCAGGCAACAGCAACGGAUGGAUGCCGAGGAGCAGCUGAGUGGCAGCGAUUGUGCGCAGAGCGAUGAUGAGGCACAGGAUGAGGACGACGACGACGACGACGACGAUGAUGAUGACGAUGAAGAUGAUGAUGAAGAUGGGGAGGAGGACGAUGAUGAUGAUGACGACGACGAUGAUGGCGUCUCAGGCACAAUUAGUUCAAGCAGCGGCACCGUGUCCAGCUAUCAGCAGGUGCUCAGCAUUGCCAAGCUGCAAAUGCAACAGCGACGCAAACAUCCAAGAAAACCGCCCAAAGCAAACACAACAACAACAACAGCAAGAGGAGUUAAUGUGGUGCCAACGGAUGCACUGGUGCCCAUUUAGAAAAGUAUUGACUAAGUAAUUAAACACACACCCCACACACAGACACACACACAGACACCCUCAUAAACACACACACACCCCACACAACCCCCCCAAAGGACAAACGAGUAAACAGUGACAAGUAGUUUAUAGAUUUUUAUAAGGACUCCAACCCACAUAGACACACAACGACACACAACAACACACGCAUCUACUUUAAGGCCAUUGUAACAUACAUUAUAUAUAUAGAUAUAUAUAUAUUUAGUAUAUAUACAUAUAGAAAGCAGACCGCUUGCAGUUUUUAGAUAAAAACACGAGAAAUGUACAGAAAAAUCGCUUCAAUAUCAUCCAAAAACCAAACGCGUGAACAAAUUUUAACAAAAUCUUUUUUUUUUUUUUAA